UCGGUGGAUUGACGAGAGGACCGAGAGGACGGGAGAGGCAAUGACAGGAUGCCUCCGAGUCGUACGUGUGUCCCGAAAAAAUCGAGGAUCGGCUUCAAUAGAUUGGCAACUGCGUUACUGGUGCUGGUGGUUUUUGUCGAACGGAGACGUGCAUCAAGCCUGAUGAGUAAUUCAGUAGACGAUUGGGUGAGUGGUAGUGCAGUUAUUUGCAAUGGUAUACCAGGCCUUACCAAAGAGCAGAGGGAUCUGUGUUACGUUAGUCCAGACGUUACAGUUGCCGCACUCAAGGGCCUACAAAUGGCUAUUGCCGAGUGUCAGCAUCAGUUUACCUGGCACAGAUGGAAUUGUUCAUCCCUCACUGCCAGCAGUAGAACACAGAAGAGCAGUGUUUUGCUGCAGCGAGGAUACAGAGAGACGGCUUUUGCUUACGCAAUAUCAGCAGCUGGUGUCGCCCAUUCGGUCGCAAGGGCUUGCAGCAUGGGACGUCUCAUCUCCUGCGGGUGUGAUCCAUCCAGCUACACCGGUAGAACCCCAGCCAAGGCACGUGGUACCCACUGGAAAUGGGGUGGUUGCUCCCACAAUCUCGAAUACGGAAUGGAAUUUUCCCGGCAAUUCCUGGAUUCACGGGAGAAGGCCGGCGACAUUCAGUCCACGGUUAAUCUCCACAAUAAUCAAGCUGGACGUUUGGCCCUCGCAAACAACAUGCAAAUCCGUUGCAAAUGCCACGGAAUGUCCGGCUCGUGCGAGCUGAAAACCUGCUGGAAAGUGGCCCCCGAUUUUCGACAAGUAGGAAAAACCCUGAAAGACCGUUUUCGCGGUGCAAUACUCGUUGCCCAAAGCAACCUAGGGAGUGUAACACCAUUAACAAGGAUACGUGGCUCGCGCCGACGGCGUCCCGAUCGUCGUGGCCAGAAGAAAUUUCGUCCUGGGCGUGACAACAACAGUGGUAGCAAGAAGAAAAAAACCCCGGGCUUGGCGAAACAGCUUUUCUACUAUCAGAAGUCACCAAACUUCUGCGAGAGGGAUCCUUAUCAGGAUAUACCUGGUACUGCUGGCCGCAGGUGCAACAGGACCAGUCCAGGGGGUGAUGGAUGUGCGUCAUUGUGCUGUGGACGUGGCUACAAUGUCGUUAGACAGAGGAGAAUCGAGAGAUGCCGAUGCAAGUUUCACUGGUGCUGCGUUGUACAGUGUCAAAAUUGCACAGUCGAAGAGUGGAUAACUGUAUGCAAGUGAACUAUUUAUUGAUGGCACGGAGAGAGAGAGAAAAAAAUUACGGGAUUAAUUUUAAUUACUGUAAAUGGCCAUUUCACUACAUUCCGUUUGUGAUUAUUUCCUUUGGACGCAAGUGUAAAAAUGUAUUUUAUUAGAUUAACGAAUUUUUAUCCCUCGAUUUUUUCUCUCUGUGCAGAAUUAUAAUUA